AUGGUGGUAGUCGUGUGUUCUCUACGGCCUUCGGACACGAUCUGGUUACCAGACAUCGUCCUUUAUAACAAUGCCGACGGAAACUACCAAGUCACCAUCAUGACAAAGGCCAAAUUGUCAUAUAAUGGCACCGUCGAAUGGGCUCCACCGGCCAUUUAUAAGAGCAUGUGUCAAAUAGACGUCGAGUUUUUUUCCAUUCGAUCGACAACAAUGUGA